AUGUCGGACGUACCUUUUAUCCUAGCUCUGCAGCCCAGAACAUCGCAUGGACUAGGGGCGCAGACCAAGCUCCGGCAUGAAGUAAUGACGGUCCUCUCCCUAUUCUCCCUUUUAUGGGCUUGCAUAGUCUUCCUAUGGAGUGCGCCAGCCUUUGCUUCCUCCGAUUAUCAUGAACAGCUAUUUCUCCAGCCUUUCCCGCAAUCAUCUCUCUUAGCUUCGUUCAACUUCCGGAGCAAUACAUCUCAGGCGUCUUUCGAUAACCAGCAUUUUCGAUACUUUCCUCGGGCAUUGGGCCAGAUUUUACAACAUGCUAAUACGAAAGAGCUUCACCUUCGUUUUACAACAGGGCGAUGGGAUGCUGACAGCUGGGGCCCAAGGCCAUGGAAUGGUAGUAAAGAAGGAGGCACGGGAGUAGAGCUGUGGGCUUGGAUUGAUGCGCCGAAUGAUGACGAGGCAUUUGCAAAAUGGAUUACCCUGACCCAAUCAUUGUCAGGCCUGUUUUGUGCCUCGUUAAACUUUGUGGAUUCUACGAAAACAACGCGCCCCGUCGUUUCGUUCGAGCCAACAGGAGACCACCCAGAGUCCAGUAACCUGCAUCUCCUGCAUGGGGCCCUCCCAGGUGAAGUUGUCUGUACAGAGAACUUGACGCCUUUCUUGAAACUGCUUCCGUGUAAAGGCAAAACUGGAAUUUCAACUCUUUUUGACGGACAUAAGCUUUUUGAUGCCGCAUGGCAGAGCAUGUCUGUAGAUGUGCGACCAAUUUGCACUAGACAGGGGGACUGUACGAUCCAAAUUGAACAAACAGUCGAUAUGGUCUUGGAUAUUGAGCGUUCUAAGCGACCUCGAUCAAAUCCGAUCCCUCGCCCUGUCCCAAAUGAGCAGUUGGUCUGCGAUACAUCAAAACCUUACAAUUCUGAAGACACUUGCUAUCCCCUUGAGAAGGUUACAGAGAAGGACUGGAGCCUGAGCGAGGUCUUUGGCCGACCCUUGAAUGGCAUUUGCCCUCUAGCAGAUUCUGAUGGAAGCGCUGAAUACCCUGUCUGUAUUCGGGUCCCUCACGAGCGAGGAAUCUUCUAUACGGAGGGCACGAAAGAGUUCAAGUUGGAUGAUGGUUUUACUCGUUGCUUUGACCUGGAUCCUUCGAAACCCUUUGACCUUGCGAUUCCAGAGCAACCAAUCAACAUCCAAGCUCCCCUCGAUGAGCCCAUUCUACAUGCCGAACGGACCAUCGUGGGUCAUGGCCAAGAGCGUGGUGGUAUGCGGAUCAUAUUCGAGAAUCCCUCUCCCACCGCCGCAGUGGACUUUAUCUAUUUCGAAUCACUUCCUUGGUUUCUGCGGCCCUACAUCCACACGCUACAGGCAACUAUUACUGGACGCGAUGGACUCCGGCGUGAGAUCCCAGCCUCCGAUCUUGUCAGCGAAACCAUCUUCCGACCGGCCAUCGACCGCGAACGCGGGACCCAGUUGGAGCUAGCCCUGUCAGUUCCUGCUGCGUCCACUGUGACACUGACCUACGACUUUGAGAAGGCGAUUCUUCGUUACACGGAAUAUCCACCCGAUGCUAACCGAGGCUUCAAUGUCGCACCCGCUGUGAUUCGAAUCCUCAACGGCGUUGACAGCAGCCCGAUCUACAUUCGGUCUACCAGUCUUCUUCUUCCGCUCCCAACUCCGGAUUUCAGUAUGCCCUACAAUGUCAUCAUCCUCACCAGCACUGUUAUUGCCCUUGGGUUUGGCACCAUAUUCAAUAUUUUGGUCCGACGAGUCGUGUUAGUGGAGGAAGCAGAAGCCCUCGGCUCUCAAACCAUCAAGGGCCGUAUUCUAGGCAAGGUUCUGGCUCUACGGGGCAAAUUCGGCCGCAAAGAAACCAAAGUCGAAUGA